AUGACGCCCUCGACUUCGCCGACUGACUCUCAACGUGAUGGCUCCGCGGACCACACCAGUCCGUCCAGUCAGCACGCUGCUGAUCGUCCUGAACGUUCACGAAAUGCCAAGGCCCAGGCUCGUCAUCGCGCCAAGCGGAAAGCCUACAUAGAACAGUUGGAGCAAACUGUGACGAAGUUGCAGUCAGUCCUCGCGCUCUCGCCAGACCAAGUCGCCGCCAUCCCCCCACCUCUGGUGCGCAUACGAGAGUUGGAGCAAGAAAACGAACUGUUGCACCGCGAGGUGGAGGAGUUGCGGCGACAGCUAGAAAUGAAAAACGCCCAGCUUCGCCCUGACUUUCGCCGCGACACCUACACCCCUCUGCCCGAUGACCGACACUUCGACCGCGAGACGAAGCGGCGGAGGACAACAGACGCGAACGGCGUUUAUGUGGUAUGA